AUGGGUUCGUCAGUAUUACAAGAAGAUGAAUAAAGAUUUCCGUAUUUCUGAAGAUAUUUUGGAGCCUCCGUUACUUGAUGGAAAUGAACAAGAAUUGAUUAAUGAUUACCUCAAAUUGAUUCGCAGAAAGCUUGAUGAAUGGAUGAGAAAUUUGAUGAAUGAUGAAACGAGAGAUUUUACGGAGCGUAAUAAAGCUCCCGAAUUAGAUGCUAACUUACUAUAUGGCCUUUCUGGUUCGGUUAUUAUGUUUCAAAUGGUGAAUCAACAAAUAGAUGUUGCUGCACAAUCAGGACAAGGUAAAAUUUUAUCAGAUGUAGUAAAGGAGUGCGCAGAUGUUAUGACUGGGACCCAGAGAACCUGGAUGAGUUUACUUAGGUCGGAGCUGAAAAAGCAAGUCGAUAAACCGGAAGAUGCACCUCCUGGAUUUGUUGAAUACGUAAUUGCAUUGGCUAAUGAUCAAAUCCGAUGUGCUGAUUUUACUGAAGCUAUUGUUAACCGACUGAAACCUUUACUUUCUGAAAAAUAUCGGAAACAAAUUAAUGCUGAUCUAAACUCAACCAUGGAUGGAUUUUUGAAUGUUGCUCAAUUAGCAAAAGACACUUUAUUAGACGUGGUAUUCAAUGACCUUAAACAACCAUUCAGUCAAUUCUAUUUACCAGUAUGGUACCAGGAAGAUCCAAUGCUACUUAUCAUCGAAACAAUCAAAGAUUAUACUAAUGAUUUUCAGACUCAUAUGAAUGAAUAUCUUUUGGAUAGAUUAAUGUCCAAUACUUUAGAAAAAUUUAUUAUAGCAUACAUUGAAGCUAUGCGAAAUAAAGGUGCGAAAUUUAAGAAGCCAGAUGUGAUGAUAAGAAUACGAAAAGAUGUCGAAACUGCAUUUACAUUUUUUCAACAACACAUUCCUUCUCAUGAAUUAAAAGGUACGUUUGAUACCUUAAGUAGGAUUCACCAAUUGCUAGAAAGUUCUCGCAAAACGAUCUUCUUAGAUUAUUAUGCAUUGAAAAAAAUUUAUGGGGACAUACCAAUUGGAUUUAUUGAAGACAUUUUAAUAAGAAGAGAUGAUUUAGAAAAAUCCCAAGUCAAAGAAAUUAUUGAAACUAUCAAAGCUAAAAGUAAAGAAGCAGGAGAGUUUAAUGGAAAACCGACGAUUUUUAGCAAGCUUAAUUUUUAA